UACAUGUGUCUUCUGGCCAUGGCUGCUUAACUACGAACCUCGACUACCGCGUGUGUUUAACAGCCGCUAAAUACGUUAAUUUUAACCUAAACUACGGACACACAGGACACAUUGGUAGAUGCCAACUGUUGGCCCGAAGUCUCAGUCAUAUCAUAAAGCUUUGUCCGCAUUAAAUAAGCCCUUUUCUAUUAUUUUAAACAAAUAUCAAAGUAAAAGCCAUUAAUUUCAAAACCGUCUCGUGUCGCAAUAAAGGUUUUUUUAGUAACAUUAUCUUCAGCCACGGAGGAUCGAACUUGUCAAAUCUUUUACAGAACCUCCCGAGAACAUGUCUGAAGUAGCGCCUGCACCCGCUGUUGCCGCCUCCCCGGCGAAAGCCACCAAGAAGAAGCCCGCUGCCCGGCCGAAGAGGGUCGGCCCCAGUGUGAGCGACCUGAUCGUGAAAGCCGUGGCUGCGUCCAAAGAGCGAAGCGGAGUCUCUCUGCCGGCCCUGAAGAAGACCCUUGCUGCUGACGGCUACGACGUGGAGAAGAACAACUCCCGCGUCAAGGCUGCAGUCAGAAGCUUGGUGACCAAGGGAACCCUGCUCCAGGCCAAGGGCACCGGAGCGUCCGGAUCCUUCAAGAUCAACAAGGAGGCAAACAAACCCGCCGCUGCCAAGAAGGCCGCCGCCCCUAAAGCCAAGAAGCCCGCAGCCAAGAAACCCGCCGCGGCUAAGAAGGCCGUCACCCCGAAGAAAGUCAAGAAGACUCCAACCAAGAAGGUAUCUGUUAAAAAAGCGACCCCGAAGAAGGCUAAGAAGCCCACCGCAGCCAAGAAGGUUGUGGCCAAGGUUACAAAGAAAACCGUCAAAAGCCCCAAAAAAGCUCCCAAGCCCGUUGCCAAGAAGUCUCCGGCAAAGAAGGCAGCAAAGCCCAAAGCAGCCAAGAAGGCCGCCCCCAAGAAGAAGUAAACUAUGUCCAGUUGAAUUCCCCCAAAGGCUCUUUUCAGAGCCACCCACACAACUUUAAGAGCAUAUAUUCCGAAUGCACUUCUCUCUCUGUAAUAAUAAUGUUUCAUUUGUAGAGCACUUAACAAUCAGAAAUCUCAAAGUGCUAGAGUUUAAGAGUGAUGAUAAAAGGGGUUGUUAAAACAUAUUGCAUACAGAGGGGAAAUUAGCAAAAGAUAGUUUUUUAUUAUUUUAACAGCUGUAGUGUUGCCUUCAGUUGGUCAGGAUGGGCGUUCCAUAGUCUUCGGGCAGCAGUGGAGAAAGCCCGAUUGCCCAUGGUGCGGACCUUGGUCUUGGGUGGUCUGAGGGUGUGUGCUGAUGCAGAGCGAAGGCUGCUUGAGGUGGUCUUCUAUAAAGUAUGUGUGUAGGACUUCUAUAAAGCCACCCAUAUUGUAUCCCAUAAAUCGCCGACUGCUGUGCUAUUGCAAAUAGGCAACAAUCUAUAAUCCAUUUGUUUUUCUUACGCAAUAUAAGGAAUAAGGUGGACUAAAGCCUCAAAGCACAUCACCUACCAAACCAAAAUGAGCCGCCCUUCGUCACGUAGCCUAUUAUAAAAUAUUCCAUGCCGUCCUUGUUCCGUAAUGCGCACCGAACGCGUGGAAUAUAAACAGAUGUAGAGUUUACAGC